ACAACGACGAGUCACGUGCUGUGGGCGGGGUUGCCGGCGUGACGGAGCGGGAGCCGGGCCUUGUGGGGAGGGACCGCCGCUGCCAUCAUGUCGAUGGUGUUCGUGCCCCAGCGGCUGCGGGGCAAAUGCGAAAUAAACCAGGCGACUAUCCAGAAGUUACUGGACGAGAACAACCAGUUGAUUCAGUGCAUUGUGGAGUAUCAGAACCUCGGCAAGGCUGCAGAGUGCACCCAAUACCAGCAGAUCCUGCACAGAAACCUCAUCUACCUGGCUACGAUAGCAGACUCCAGCCAGAAUGUGGCCAGUGCCCACCCUGCGCCGCUCGGCCAGCCAAUGGGGAUGGGCCCCGUGGGGAUGGAGCCUGUCCCGAGAACUGUCGACCCCAUGGGAAAUGGAACUCCUCCCCCCGGACCGGGAAACCCUCACCAGAUGGCAGCUGGAGCUCCCUUUCCCCAUGGGCAGACUCACUAUCAACAAGUUAAUCCAAGCACUUCCGUGGGUUUACCUGCCGGUAGCCAAGGCAACAUGGGGAGCUUCAACCAGCCGGUGGCUUCCCCGCAGGGCAUGCCUGCCCAAGAGCAGAUGGGCUUGAGUGUGGUCUCCACCCUGGCCACUCAUCUACAGCCAGGUGUGCAGCAGGGCCCAGCGCCUGCACAGCAGCCAGCACCUCAGGGAGAAUUCUUCAACCCGCAGUUCAACCAGGCACAGCCUCCCACUGAGGGUAUGAAUAUGCAGCUCUAUCCAGAAGGCAGUGGCUGGUAUGGACCGCAGCAGGGGCAGUUCCAGCAGAACCCUGGUGCCCACCAGCAGACCUUCUACCAGCAGUACAUCACCCAGCAGCCAGUGACCAGCACACCUCAGGAAUUCAAUUCUGCACAAAACUCUCAAGGACAAUUUAGAAGCUUCCAGCAAGAUCCAGGGCAACAGUACGUGUCGUACAGAACUCAGCAGCCUGCUCCCACCCCAGGCCAACAGCAGGCAUUCCCCUACGGCCAGGGAGCUGCGUUUGGGGGCUUCCAGUGAGGGGCCGCCGCGACACUGCAGCUAAGCAGCAGUGACAACCCCUCCCGGUCUGGUCUCAGCCACGCAGCGCUGUAGAAGGCAGAUUGAUGAGAGCGGAGGCCAUCUCACCUGCCGCCACAUCUAAGGGGAUCUCAGCGCAUCCACUUCUAGUUUACACCCACCCAAUCUCCCCAUCCCUGGCCCCAUUUCCACCUUCAACCAACCCCACCCACCCCAUCGCUUUCCGGCCCACCUGCACCAUCACCGGUCCACCUCCAUCCCGCCUCACUACCCACCCCCUGGCCCACUCAUCACAUCCCCCACCUGCUAUGGCCCAUCCAACUCCUCCCACCCUGCCUCAACCCCUUUAGCCAUCUCUACCAUCCCCCACCCCCUGCCACCCCAAUCUCCCGACCCUCUCAGCCACCUCUGACACUCCCCAUUCCCAUCCCAUGGGUCCUGUGCCAUGUGUCUCCAGAUGGUUAUAUCGGCGCAGGUUUCCACGAUGUUGCCUCUUGGUUCAGCACCAGCAAUGGCCAUUCCAGUGCUGGCUCUCAUGAAAGAAAACUGAAAGCUGUGUUGUUGAAUCUGCUCCCACUGCCCACUCCGGUCUCUGAUCGCUGCCGUGCGAAUUAACAGCAGGUCCUGAUCCUGAUGCUUCCCCUCUCUCCCCCCCCCCCCCCCCCCCCCCGUUAUUCGGUGGGAUCCAUGUUCUCCAGAAAUGUCCGCAGUGAGAAUAAUGGGGGCAUAGGACAGAAAUGGACCAGCCCUUGGCGUGAAAGAUGCUACCCUCGCCCUGCCCUUACAGCCCAUCCAAUGGGAACUGGCGGGGUCAGGGUGAGGGGGGAGUCUUCCAGCUGUAAAUACACUCCAAGCACGUCGGUAACAAGGCAACGUCGAGGACGUCAAAGACAACACCAGUCACCUCGACUGCGCAUCUAAACCAGCCUCUGCUCACCCUCACUGGGCCACAGUGCGAAGCAGUUUUAAUCUUGGGAAGUAAAUAAUUUGGGUGUUUGGUGCUUUUAAGGUGACAUGAUUUGAGUAGGUUAAAGUGGUUGGAAAGUUGAUCAAAGAGCAGGUUGGAUAUAUCUGGGAAUCUGUUUGUGUGAGUAGUGUAAUUGUUAAAUUGCUGCAGAUUAUUAAAAUGUUGUUAAUAAAAUGUUUACC